UUUUCUUUCUUUUAAGGCCAAAAGAAGAAGCUAAGCACUAUAAGCAUUAGCUCCUUCUUGAGGCCUUUUCUUUUUCCUUAGAAAUUAAAUCACCAAAAAAAGAGGGAAAAAAAUGACUAAACGUUUGCUCCUUUGUUAUAGAAGAAUGGUUCAUUUGAAUAUGAAAAGGAAAAUCAUAUGUAAAUUUACAAUUUUACAAAAAUAUUUGAAUUCAUUUUGGAACAAUGUUCUUGCUUGUUGGUUAGGUAAGUCUAUUAAUUAUAGACAAUUGUCACAUAAUCAAUCUUUUCCAGCCACCACCACCUCCAAGGGGAUGCCAUCUCCGCCAGCUGGGGCGGAAAUGGCGUCCCACGGAGGGUCUACGGAGAAUAUGGCAGCCACAUGUUGUUGUGACCAUUCUAAGGAUUCAUCUGAGAAUGUUGUUGCCUUGAAGAUUAGUCUAUUGGGUGAUAAUCACAUUGGAAAGACAAGUUUCUUGAGAAAGUAUGUAGGAAAAGAGAAGGUAGAUGAAGGAUUGUCAACCAAAGGAGUAAAUCAAAUGGACAAAACUUUGUGUGUGAAAGGGACAAGAAUCUCAUAUAGCAUGUGGGAAGUUAAAGGUGAUGCUUCUGGCCCAACUCAAAUUCCAAUGGCUUGUAAGGAUUCUGUAGCAAUGUUUUUCAUGUUUGAUCUCACAAGUAGAUGUACACUUAGUAGUGUCCUUAGCUGGCAUCAACAAGCACGUCAAUGGAAUCAGACGGCAAUUCCUGUAAUGAUAGGGACAAAGUUUGAUGAUUUUGUGAAAUUGCCAUUGGAUCUUCAAUGGACAAUUGCAAGUCAGGCAAGAACAUAUGCAAAGGCACUAAAUGCACCAUUAUUCUUCUCAAGUGCAACUUACAACAUUAAUGUGAACAAGAUAUUCAAGUUCAUCACUGCUAAACUCUUCAAUUUACCAUGGUCAUUGGAGAGAAAUCUCACAAUUGGUGAACCUAUCAUUGACUUUUAGGUUUAAUUUCUCUUAUUUUCUGUAAUUAAAAAAAGAAAAAGAAGAAGAAAAAAAAGAUUUGCUUUUUUUAU